AUGUGGGGGGCUGAGGAGAAAGAGGAGUGGGAUGAGGUGAACAUUCUGCAGGAGUUUUCCAUUCACUUGCCCAACAGUCCAAACACCUCUUUGAUUGUGGAGGAUGACCGGUGUCCAGUCCUUCAGGUGGGACAGUACUCCAUCUUGGCUCUCCCUGUCACGCAGCUCUUCACUGAAGGGUUUGCUGACGAAUUCAGUCUCCUGGUGCAGCUGAAGAGUCUUCAGAGAGUUGAAAGCAGCAUCUUCACCAUACUGAGCCCAAACCGCCAUAUCAUGCUGCAGCUCCGAAUCAGUGCUUUCACAAUUAUCUUCACCGGAGCACAACAACGUCACUAUGAAUUCCCAUUCAGCAAUCUGACCGAUGGAAAGUGGCAUCAUUUAGCAAUCAGUGUGUCUGGCAAGCGUGUGGCAAUAUUUGUGGACUGCACUCUGCUGGAGAGUGUGGACUGGGUCAACCAAGGGCUAGGGAUCAAAACUGAUGGACUGUUUAUCAUUGGAGGAAUCAUUGAAGGUUUUGAGACUCCAUUUGAAGGCCAUCUGCGACAACUCACCUUCCUGAUGGACAACCCGGAUGCUGCUCAGCAACACUGCACCCACCACCCGCCGCGCUGUGGUGAGGCAGCUUUCAAGCCUCCACUCUCCCAACAUAACGCUGGUUUUGAAAUUCUACCAAUGUCCUCAAAUGACCCCAACGACUUGAUGUGGUACCCAGAUGAUGAGUUACUUUUUGCCCCACACAGCACUAAAAAUGCAAUAUGGCGACGAGGUGCAGCCCGAGGAGACGGGACCUUGCCUUCAGGAACACGACGUAAGGGUGCAGUUGGACAUGGAGAUGUCUUUGUUGUGGAUGAGGACACCGAAUUGCUGGAUCUGACUUUGCAAAUUGGUGGACAAAUCAAUCCGCAGUGGAAGCCUUUCAAAAAUGGAGUUAGAGAAAACCAGAAGGGGAAAUCUGAAGAGUCGUCAAAGCACUUGGAGGACAACAUCACUACUGAUAAAAAGGUUGACCCUGGUGGGAGGAAUUCAUUAACAUUCCCUGGAAAACCAACUGAUGACAUCAUUAAUCUUGACAGUAGAAACACACGCAAAAACCCUGUUGUGGAAUUUACUGUUCCGCCUAGGUUGCCCACAGAACCCAAACCGACCUUUGAGUCUAUUGGACAAAGAAGGUACACUGAUGAAUGGGCUAGCUCUGCCUCACCUCCAUCUCAUGUCAUCGGCCAAAGUCCAUCUGUCAAAAAGUCAGAUGAGCGAAGCAGACAGGUUACUACACAGAACAUGACAUACACUGACCUGACAGCUAAACGCAAAGUAGAACUUCAAAACAAAGACAAAUUUGGCACCAUAAGAAUUAUUUCUAGAGAUGGAGAUAUGUUGCUUGGAUCAGAUGGCAAAAUGUAUCGUCUCAAACCUGGACGACCAGGCAGAAUGGGUCCACCUGGACCAGAGGGCUGUACUGGAGAACCUGGAUGGCCUGGAUUUAAAGGUGACAAGGGUAAGCUUGGCCCUGAAGGGAGCUCAGGAAAUCAGGGUGACCGUGGACCUCCAGGACCACCAGGUUUACCUACCCUGUACUUGUGGAGGAACACUGCUGAGGAAUGGGCUGCCUUCCAGCAAACCAAUUUCUACCAGUUGCUUCGUGCUGGUUGGCCUAGUAAAGAUGGCCCUGGCGGACCACCUGGAGAAAUGGGCAAGACUGGCAUGCAGGGGCCACCUGGGGAACCUGGGGAACGUGGGCGACCAGGGAUACCAGGCGAAAUGGGUGAGCGGGGACCGAGGGGUCCUCCUGGAAAACCAGGGGUCCCAGGAAGAGAUGGCGAAAAUGGAGAAGACGGUGUGCAGGGGUCACCUGGUGUUGCUGGAUCUCAGGGCCCGUGGGGCUACCGUGGCGAGCGAGGUUCCAAAGGUGAAAAAGGUGAUGAGGGUCUCAUUGGUCGUAAAGGUCCAAGAGGGAACACUGGGGAAACUGGCGAGAAGGGUUCAACUGGUUUACCCGGACCACCUGGUCCUGUCGGGCCAAGGGGGCCUCCUGGGAUCCGAGGUGGCUAUGGUCCAGAGGGCCCGCGUGGACCUGACGGAGAGCAUGGAUUGGACGGCGCUCCAGGUUUACCGGGUCUGACUGGUGCACCAGGCAUUACAGGACAAGUUGGUGCUCAAGGAGUUAACGGCUCAAGGGGAGAAAUUGGCCCUGCAGGCAAUGUAGGCCGCAAAGGCCCACAGGGGCCCCCAGGUUUAGAGGGACAGCUCGGGCCUCCGGGACCUAGAGGACCCCAAGGAACCCCAGGACAAAGUGGUGGAGAAGGGCCUAAAGGAGAUCCUGGGCCUGCAGGCACAGUGGGUUUGCGGGGUGAACCCGGCUUUGAAGGGCCAGUGGGUGCACCCGGAGAACCCGGUGAACCAGGUUUCCCUGGAGCUACGGGCAUCCGGGGAACGGAUGGGGACAAAGGGAUUCCAGGUCCUAAAGGAGAUAAAGGUUUUCAAGGGGCAACUGGUAUUCGAGGUCCUCAGGGAGAGAGGGGUCCUUCUGGGUUUCCAGGUUACUUUGGAGCCAAGGGUCAACCUGGUCCUAAAGGCAUUGAGGGAGGGAAUGGUGAAACGGGUCGUCAGGGAAAACAGGGCAGUACUGGAUUAAAGGGCAACAGAGGACCAGAUGGACGAAAUGGUAAAGCAGGACCUCGAGGAAACAGGGGUCGGACAGGACAAAGGGGCCCCAUUGGCCAGCCAGGUCCACCGGGUUUGGCGGGUCACCCGGGACCAGAGGGACCAGAAGGAAAGCCUGGUACACAGGGUCCCUCGGGUGCAACUGGACCUGUGGGUGGUAAAGGGCUCAUGGGUUUUCAGGGAGUUUCUGGAGAAAGAGGACCUGAUGGACCACUGGGUUCGAUGGGCCUUCAAGGGUCUCCAGGACCUCAGGGCAUGCCUGGAGCCCCAGGCGAAAAGGGUUUCACAGGAAAGCCCGGCACAGAGGGACCGCAGGGUCCAGUUGGCAUGUAUGGUAUCCCUGGUACAGUAGGCAUGCGUGGGCAUCCAGGAGACAUGGGAGAGAGGGGUGAAACAGGUAUGCGAGGAUUUCCUGGCCCUGCCGGGAAACCAGGACCUCCAGGUCUGUCAGGAUCCCCAGGGGAGAGAGGCCCCCAGGGACCUCAGGGUCGACCAGGAGAUAAUGGCCCCAAAGGGAUUCAGGGUGCACCAGGUGCUCCGGGUCUUGCAGGUGCUACUGGAGCCGCUGGGAAACCAGGUCCACGGGGAAGUAAUGGGUCUCCUGGAACUCAGGGGCAACAAGGGCCAGCAGGAAUCAUAGGCCUUCAAGGUGCAGCUGGAUUAAUAGGAGCAGCAGGAGAAACAGGAGACAAGGGUUUACCUGGUUUAGCUGGUGAUGAAGGCCCUACUGGACUUGAUGGGCAACAGGGUCUACCGGGGCACACAGGAGAUGAAGGACCGCCUGGCUCAAAAGGAGACCCGGGAGACCCUGGGCCUCGAGGGAAACGUAGUGCUCCAGGAUUACCUGGGGAAAGAGGACUUCAGGGCCUUAAAGGACUACAGGGUCCACCUGGACCUGUUGGUAAAGAGGGAGAUGUUGGACUACCCGGUGAAGUAGGCGAUCCUGGAUUAAAAGGAGAGAAGGGUGUGGUCGGACCUCAUGGCUUCUCUGGACCUGAGGGCGCUUGGGGUGAAGUUGGAGAACAUGGUGAAAGAGGUCCAAAGGGGGAGAAAGGUCAUAUUGGAUUAUUGGGUGAACCUGGUCUGGUCGGGGAAGUGGGCCCUGCAGGUCUUGUGGGGUUAGAGGGAAGUGAAGGAACUCCUGGACCCCCAGGACCAACAGGACUUCAAGGACAAAAGGGUGAAACUGGGAAUAUUGGAAUACCCGGACCUGAAGGGACAGGUGGCCCCAUGGGAAUGCCUGGAGUGCGAGGUGUUCGGGGGGACAGUGGAAAACUGGGUUUACAUGGUCAACUUGGAAAGAAUGGCCCUAAAGGUGACCAAGGAGCUAAAGGUGAACCAGGGCAACCAGGAACAAAAGGACAGCUAGGAGCCCCAGGCCCACCAGGGCAGAAGGGAGAAGACGGCUUACCAGGAAUCCAAGGUCCUUCAGCUCUUCCUGGCUUAGAGGGGGCUCCUGGAGAAAUGGGACCCCAAGGCCCUCCAGGUCCUGUUGGGAAAACUGGAGGACAAGGAAGACCAGGACCGGAGGGGAAACAGGGCAUAAAGGGUGAAAAGGGAGUUGAUGGGAAGACUGGCUUACCAGGAAAGACGGGUCAUAAUGGGCGAAGGGGGAAACGAGGGAAAGCUGGAACCCGAGGAACCAGGGGCAUCAGAGGACCAAAAGGUGACAAGGGAGAAACAGGACCACCAGGUCACCUUGGCUGGUCAGGCACUAUUGGUAACCCAGGUUUACGUGGUGAGAUGGGGGAACGAGGUGAAAAAGGAAAAGAGGGUGAGAAAGGUGAAAUGGGGCUGGCAGGAGUUCCUGGACUUGAUGGCCCCAAGGGAAUCCGAGGACCUUCCGGGUUGCCAGGUGAAGUCGGUCCAAAGGGAGAAAAGGGUCCUAUUGGUCCACCAGGGCCAAGAGGAACAUCAGGCAUGCCUGGAUUUCCUGGCACAUCUGGAUUAGAGGGUAUGAAAGGCUACCCAGGUUUGCCUGGUCAACCCGGCAAAAGAGGCCUCCCAGGUCCACCUGGUGUUCCUGGCCCUCCGGGACCAUCUUUAAACAUGACAUUGAUAGAACUCAAGGAGCUAACGUAUUUGUCCGACAAGCCUAAUUACUUUUUGAUCCAACCUCUUCUGGAGUCCCUGGAGCAGGAGCUCCGACUACUAAUGGAUCCUCCUGAUGGCACCAAAGAGCACCCUGCUACCACCUGUCUAGAACUUUGGUUCUGCCACCCGGAAUACAAGAGUGGAACAUAUUACAUCGACCCGAACCAAGGCAGCCCUGCUGACGCUCUGCUGGCCUAUUGCAGCUUCUCCAGCACAUCAAUACAGACAUGCCUUCAUCCUCAACAUUCUCAGUUGCCAAUGAAAGCCUGGAUGGAAGAAUCUACUGCAGAUGGCUCAUUUCAGUGGCUCAGCAGGUUGGACCAAGGAUUUCAGUUUAUUUAUCCAGGUGCCAACUUGGUUCAGAUGCGUUUUCUCAGAUUACAUAGUAGCACAGCCGUGCAAAAGAUGACUUACUCCUGCCACCCAGGACACAAGUUAGGCCAGUCAGAACGCGACAUCAAAUUCCUCACUGACACAAGAAAGCAAAGUUUCCUUGGAGCAAUUCAAGAUUGUGUGCCUGGAGAUAAGAUGCUGUCAGGACCCCGGGAGUCGGUAUUUGAGUUUGAGGACCUCCAUCUACUUCCUGUGAGAGAUGUGGCACUAAUGGGGGGUAGAAACUUUACACAUGAGUUUGGCCUCAGUGUUGGACCCGUCUGUUUUAGUUGAAAUUGCUCAUCGGUUGGGACAACCCAGAUUCAUUCGUUUCAGGUCCUGGACAUGAACACAAGACAGAUUCCUACUUUUCACUAACUUCCAAGGAUGCCCUUGUUUUCUUUUUUUGUGUGUGUUGGGGUGUUGAAGUUAAAUGACUGUCGUGUACUCAAGAUUACUAAGAGGUACACUGUUUACAGACACUUUUAUGAUGUAAAUACAGUUCUGAUUGUGUAAAAACACUUCCAUUUAGUACAGUAUUUGGAAAAUGGAUAUUGGUGAGAUAAUGGCCACUUUUCAAAGUGGUGAUCACAAUUUAUUCAACAGUUCCACAUGUCUGGAGUCCAUACAAAACCAUAUGUGGGGCAGGGUUGUUGUUGUUGUUGUUUUUUUUUAAGUGAUAUUGGUGCUUACUUUUAUCAGGCAUACAAAGAGUUAGUUCAUGUGUUUUUCAUUUUCAUUUAAACACAACCUCUUUACGUCUCAGGUAGGGUGUACUGUGUUCUGUACACAUGGGCACUGAAGCCACUUUUGUUUUCAUAUGUCACACCGCUUAUUUUCCAAUGAUGGUAAUAUAAAUGACAUCCAUGCUGGCAUUGUCAAAGACCAAAUUGAAGUGACUGUUGAAACCUGCGGUUAACAGUUAUUCAGAAGGUUUGGACUCGCUCACUACCACACAUUUGUGUUGCAAUAAACCUCAAUGGCUAACUUUCAAAAUGGUAAUUACCUUAUAUCAACAUCACUAUAUUCUUUUGGCCUUUUACAUUGAUGUAGGAUUUCCCCAAAUCAAAAAAUGUGUUGGUAAAGACCCUAACCCUGUUAGUAAAGACAAAUGCAACGGAAGAAUGAUGAUGUACACUCUGGUUACUAUUCAUAGAGUACAUAAUGGUAUAUCUCUGACCCAAUUUCUUGCUGUUCUUGUGACAUCUCCAGACUUUUGACAAAUUACAGUGGUACCUCUACUUACAAAAUUAACUGGUUUUGGAAAUAGUUACUUAACUCUAAAAUUCUAUAAGUAGAGACCCGUUUUCCAUAUUAAUGUCCUAAAUCUGUUCCAAGAUCCCCAAAAUUCUUUUAUAAUUCAUAAAAAUGCAUCAAAACAUGUAAUAAUUACAUGUUACCAUUUACAGGGUGACAAUAUUUUGAGUUUCAAAAAAGAGGACACUCGGCCCAGCCUCAAGAUACUUGAAUUUUGCUCGAAGUUCACUCAAA